CAAAGUAGUGUGACGGUAUGUUGACUAACUUUGAAACGAAAUCGGCUCGCGUGAAGGGCUUGUCGUUUCAUCCAAAACGCCCAUGGAUUUUGGCUAGUUUGCACAGCGGCGUUAUUCAGUUGUGGGACUAUCGCAUUAGUACACUGAUUGAAAAGUUUGAUGAACAUGAUGGCCCGGUACGUGGCAUUGCGUUCCACAACCAGCAACCCUUGUUCGUGUCGGGCGGGGACGAUUUUAAGAUUAAAGUUUGGAACUACAAACAGCGCCGGUGCAUCUUUACCCUGCUGGGUCACUUGGAUUAUGUUCGUACCACUGUGUUCCACCAUGAGUAUCCGUGGAUCUUGAGCGCUUCGGAUGAUCAAACCAUACGCAUCUGGAACUGGCAGUCGCGGUCGUGCAUUUGCGUCCUGACCGGGCACAACCAUUACGUCAUGUGCGCUCAGUUCCAUCCGAGCGAUGAAGAUAUCAUUGUCUCAGCAUCGUUAGAUCAAACCGUGCGUAUUUGGGACAUUUCUGGUUUGCGCAAGAAAAACGUUGCUCCCGGGCCCACCGGUUUGGAUGACCAUCUGAAGAAUCCGGGCGCUACGGAUCUUUUCGGUCAAGCGGAUGCCGUGGUAAAGCAUGUGUUGGAGGGUCACGACCGAGGCGUCAACUGGGCCAGUUUCCAUCCCUCGCUGCCUUUGAUCGUGUCUGGUGCGGAUGAUCGGCAAGUGAAGCUGUGGCGCAUGAACGAAUACAAGGCAUGGGAAGUGGACACGUGUCGUGGCCACUACUACAACGUGUCCUGUGUAUUGUUCCAUCCACGGGCGGACCUAAUCAUUUCAAACAGCGAAGAUCGCAGCAUACGCGUCUGGGACAUGACCAAGCGCCAGUGCAUUCACACAUUCCGGCGUGAAAAUGAGCGCUUCUGGAUACUGGCGGCACAUCCCAAUCUGAACCUGUUCGCAGCAGGUCACGAUUCGGGUACAAUUGUAUUCAAGUUGGAACGCGAACGUCCGGCGUAUGCUGUGUACGGUAACUGCCUGUACUACGUGAAAGAACGCUUCCUUCGCGAGCUUGAUUUCAACACAAACACCGAUUCGGUCGUCAUGACAAUAAGAGGUGGAGGAAAAACGCCCGUCUACAGUAUGUCGUACAAUCCCGCACUCAAUGCUGUGCUGCUUUGCACACGCACCUCCAACCUAGAGAACAGCACGUACGAUCUGUACAGCAUCCCGCAAAAAGACAGCGGCUCGCAGAACAAGGAAACAGACAGCAAACGCUCGUCCGGUGUAACGGCUGUCUGGGUUGCGCGGAAUCGAUUCGCCGUGCUGGAUCGCGCCAACCAGUUGGUGAUUAAGAAUUUCAAAAAUGAAGUCACGAAAAAGAUUCAGACCCCAGUUUGCGAUGAGAUAUUCUAUGCUGGAACUGGCAUGUUGCUGCUACGCGAACCCGAACACGUGACUCUGUUCGAUGUACAGCAGCUGCGCUCUCUCGCACAGGUAAAGAUUGCCAAGUGCAAAUAUGUCGUCUGGUCUACCGACAUGAGCCACGUGGCACUGCUGGCAAAACACACGCUCAAUAUCUGCAACCGACGAUUGGACUUGCUCUGCUCCAUUCACGAAAGUGCGAGAAUCAAGUCCGGAGCGUGGGACGAAUCGGGUGUAUUUAUUUACACAACCUCGAACCACAUCAAGUACGCGAUCAUUAAUGGUGACCAUGGUAUCAUACGGACGCUGGAUUUGCCGAUUUACAUCACUCGCGUAAAGAACAGUCAAGUAUUUUGUCUGGAUCGGGAAUGCCGCACACGGUUGCUCACGAUCGAUACGACCGAGUACAAGUUUAAGCUGGCGCUCAUCAACCGGAAGUAUGAAGAGGUGCUGCACAUGGUGCGUAAUGCUCGACUCGUGGGGCAAAGCAUUAUUGCAUACCUGCAACAGAAGGGGUAUCCCGAGGUGGCGUUGCACUUCGUGAAGGAUGAAAAGACGCGCUUCGGGCUCGCCCUCGAAUGUGGCAACAUUGAGGUAGCGCUGGAGGCAGCUAAAGCGAUGGACGACAAACAGUGCUGGGAGCGUUUGGCCCAGAGCGCACUAAUGCAGGGCAAUCACCAGGUGGUGGAGAUGUGCUAUCAGCGCACGAAGAACUUCGACAAACUCUCCUUCCUGUAUUUAAUAACGGGCAAUCUGGAGAAAUUGAAGAAAAUGAACAAGAUUGCCGAAAUACGCAAAGAUGUCUCGGCCCAGUAUCAGGGUGCAUUGCUGCUUGGUGACGUUGCGGAGCGAGUGUCUAUACUGAAGAAUUGUAAGCAAACCUCACUUGCUUACCUGACCGCGAAAACUCACGGCCUGGAGGAGGACGCUGCGCAGAUGGCCGAAGAAUUUGCGACGGAAGGUAAAGAUUUGCCGGAAGUCAGUAAGGAUGCUAAAUUCCUUCGGCCACCGGUUCCAAUUCAGCAGGCCGAAAGCAACUGGCCGCUGUUGACCGUUUCAAAGGGAUUUUUCGAAGGAACUAUGAUGUCGCGCGGCGCUACUACCGUUCAUCAGGCUCUAGCACCCACGGAGCUGGUAGCCGAGGCUGCUGAAGAGGAAGAUGGUUGGGGUGUAGACGAUGAUCUGCAUGAUGUGGACCGGUAUGAGGACGCGAAGGACGAAGACGGGGCUAAGCCCGGCGAAGGUGGGGAAGGAGCUGGCUGGGAUGUGGGUGACGAUGAUCUGGAGCUGCCGGAAGAAUUGAUAUCGAAAAUUUCAGCUUCGAAUGCUGGCGGCAAUAAGAACUUCUUUGCAGCCCCACCGAAAGGACACCUACCGUCACACUUUUGGACUAUGAACUCACAGCUAGCGGCGGAUCAUGUGCGGGCCGGUUCGUACGACUCCGCCUGUCGCUUAUUGAACGAUCAGGUUGGCGUUGUUAAUUUCGCUCCAUACAAAGAACUUUUUAUGGAAUCGUACGUAGCAUCGAAAACAUCCUACAGCAGCUUGCCUCACGUAACAUCGCUUUCGGCCCACCCGAACCGGAACUGGAAGGAAUUGAACCCCAAAAACUGUCACCCCACGCUUGCCUUCAAGUUGAACGAUCUGGUUCAACAUCUGCAAGCCUGUUACCAACUAACAACGACCGGCAAGUUCGUAGAAGCGAUCGAAAAGCUGCAAAACAUCAUACUCUGCAUACCGCUGCUAGUGGUGGAAACAAGGCAGGAAAUCGCGGAAGCACAACAGCUGCUCACCAUCUGCCGCGAGUAUGUGGUGGGCCUGCAGAUGGAGACUGUACGAAAAACGCUUCCGAAAAAUACACUCGACGAGCAAAAGCGAAUUUGCGAGCUGGCUGCGUAUUUUACGCACGUGAAUUUGCAACCGGUGCAUCAAAUUCUUACCCUACGUACGGCGCUGAAUCUGUUCUUCAAACUAAAGAACUACAAAACGGCCGCUUCGUUUGCGCGUCGUUUGCUGGAGCUUGGUCCACGGCCCGAAGUGGCACAACAGGCGCGGAAAAUAUUGCAAGCCUGUGAAAUGAAUGAAGCCGACGAGCAUAAUCUACACUACGACGAACACAAUCCGUUCACACUGUGUGCCGUCACGUACAAGCCGAUCUAUCGCGGAAAGCCAGAGGAAAAGUGUUCGUUAUGCUCUGCCUCAUAUCAGCCGGCGUACAAAGGCGUAACGUGUGCCGUUUGUAAGGUGGCCGAAGUGGGCAAGGAUGUAAUAGGCUUACGCAUUAGUGCGUUGCAGUUUAAGUAAUGAUAGUAUUUGUUCUCCUUACGGUGAUGUAUAAUUAAAGUAUCUAACGCAUUUUACAACAA